GUCGUUUUACAGCUUCAGAGUCGCCAGGGUGUCCAACUCCAUCAGGUUCAUUGUUCACUGUGUGUGGCUGAAGAAGUCCAACAUCCAAUGGCAGCACAAGACUGGAGCAGUGGUCUCUGUGACUGCUUUGAAAGCUCAAGUACUUGUUGCUAUGGUUUCUGGUGCUGCCCUUGCCUUGCCUGCACAGUUUCAGGAAGAUUUGGAGAGAACCGUUGUCUCCCAUUAUGUGACAUAUGCAGCCCUGCCAUAUUAUCAGCCUUGGGGAUACCUCUGUUUGCGGCGCCUCCUGCAGGCCUGUCCUUAAGGGCUGCCAUGCGAAAUAGAUAUGGUAUCAAGGGUUCUCUCUGUAAGGACAUCGCAGUUUCCUGUUUCUGCGGGUGGUGCAACUGGUGUCAGAUGCAUCGUGAGUUAAGACAUCGCGAAAAAACUCCCACUGUCGUCAACAUUACAAACGUGAACGUGCAUCAGCCUGCUCCAGUGAUGAUGACUCCUGUAUACCAAUAUCAGUGAAAACCAAAGAUUGAGAGUAUGAUGAUGAAUAACUUUCACUUUCUUAAUAAUCAUGACAAUUAGAGUCUAAUAAUUGUUGACUAUCACGUCAAAUUAUUUUCUGAAGUUUCUGUUUAAAACAAAUCGAAUUUACUGUAUAUAUCCUAAACCUCUCUUAUUUUGUUUCUGUGAAGUUUGUUCCAAGUCGGAUUCACCAAAACUCUCUUACACAAACCUGAAGUAAAUUAAUCAGUUCAUCAUGAAUGUCACCUGUUGUUUGUACGAUUAUAUCAUAAGCAUAAUUGACCAUGCAAGGCUACCUGAUACUGUUGCAGUAUGUUUGUGGGCAAGUUUCAUUCACAAAAAAUGAAUUUCACACUGCUGAGCUUCAACUCCUCUUGUCAUAAAUCACCUGACAAAAACUUUAGCAGUCAGUAAUCAUAUUAGAGAAUCAAAAACUAUUAGAAACUAUUAAUAAUACAAUGACGUUUCAUCAUAAGAGUUACAGACAUAAAGAGUGAAUGGUUUGACAUGAAGUCCUAUGCUACAAACCAUCUUUAUAAAGCAAAGCAGUCCAUGACUAAUAUGUGAGGUGGUCAAGAGAAUGUGACAACUCCCCCUGUGGAUGAAGUCUAUCUGUUGAAAAUUUUGUUCGUACCUACGAUAAAAUUUAUAAAUGCCAAAAAAUCCCUCGUACAACCCACUUAACAACAAAUCUGUUCCUCUGAGUGUUUUUAUAUGUAUAGUGCUAUCUAACAUUGCUAGUUUGCAGUUGGCUGUUAGUCUUUGCUGGGUCUUCAAAUGCAACUUUUCGGCCAAGACACAGGAAAGAGUGUUCUAUGUUCAUGAGGCGAUUCAACAGUCGGCCUUCAUCGCCACUAAUUAUAUGAUAUCAGUUUGAUUUGUUUCUACCUAUUAACUGUUUUGUUCUGUUUAAUUACUGUUUGGUAUUAUGUUUGUCAUUUAAUUGUCUAAUUAAGCAUUUUAAUAAAGUUGAUUAACGUUGUUUUCAA